AUGCGACUACCAAAGUAUGCAGUACCAGUUAGUGUUAUUGGUACACUAACUGGCUGUACAGUUUUGCUAAAGGAUUACAUGGGUGGUAGACGGUACAGAGGGAAGGAGAAGAUCUCUGGGAAGACAGUAGUUAUCACUGGGGCCACCUCUGGGAUUGGGAAAGAGACUGCCAUGGAGCUUGCAAGAAGAGGUGGCAGAAUUAUCAUGGGUUGCCGAGACACUGAAAAAUGUGAAAAAGUGAGACAGGAAAUUAUCACUGAAACAGCAAAUCGCAGCGUUGAGUGUAGGAAACUGGAUUUAGCUUCAUAUGGCUCCAUUCGAGCAUUCUGCAAAAGCAUUAAUGCAAGUGAGAGUCACAUCGAUGUUCUCAUCAACAAUGCUGGAAUAAUGAUGUGUCCAAAAAUGCUGACAGAAGAUGGGAUUGAAAUGCAGCUCGGAGUCAAUCAUAUGGGACAUUUCUUGUUGACUCACCUUUUUCUGGACAAGCUGAAGGCCUCCGCGCCAAGUCGUAUCAUUAUCGUAACCUCCAUGUCUCACAAACAAGGCAAAAUCAACUUUGACGAUUUGAACAGUGCAAAAGAUUACAACAAAUUAGAUGCCUACUGCCAGAGUAAACUGGCCAACUUGUUACACAUGCGAGAACUAGCCCGACGACUAGAAGGCACAGGUGUCACUGUAAACGCCCUGCACCCAGGAGUGGUGGAUACAAACCUGCACCAGCACCUCCCCAUAGCUAAGUCUACCCUGUCCAGCAUCAUCUUGUUUCCCAUCAAGUUUAUCUUGAUGAAAACUCCACUUCAAGGCGCCCAGACAAUUAUCCGUUUGGCUGUUGACCCAGAACUAGAACGUAUUACAGGGAAAUACUUCAGUGACUGUGAAGAGAAAAACACCAGCGCCCCAAGCUUUGGACGAUACUGCAGCGAAACGUCUGUGGGCCAUAAGUGA